UUGAAAUUAGUAACUCCGCCGUUACCUAUUCCAAGCCCAGUUCAGAAAGAAGGAGCGUUGAAGACCCUGGCAACUCUCCGUAAAAUUCAGCCACCUGUCACUCAUGGUAUUGACGCCAUCGAAAAUUAUACCGGCUCGGUCGUCGCCUGGGUUACCAAGGGCCGCGCAGGCUGUUGGCGGACUGAAGCAGACUGCAAGAAGUCCGCGAUCAGAACCUGCUCAUUGCUCUCUGCCAGCCGGGGGCGCAGCAGCAGAACAACGGCUGACGAAGACCGACGGAACGACGACGAAGAUACCAGUCAGCAGCGGCCUUCCUCUGAAACUGAUUUUUGGUGCUCCCUAGAAAGGUUCGUGGCCGAGUGCGACGCGACCGGUAUGCUUGUGAACGCAUCUAAAACGAAAUGCCUAGUGCUUUCUCGUUCUCUUAUCCAUUGCUCUCUUCAGAUUAACGGAGAGGCAGUGGAGCAGGUGGAGAAGUUCAAGUACCUCGAAAUUCCCAUCGCCGUUGUGACUAUAGCAGAGUUCAGUCUGAGAACUAAGCUCUCGGUUUUCAUGUCGAUCUUUAUCCCCAUGCUUACCUACGGUCUUGAGUUGUGGACCGUCACUGAAAAACUUCGAACCCGGGCAUAG